UCCUUUCUCCCGGCGUCCUUUGCGCCGAAGCCAGUCCUUUCCCCAGUCGGCCGCUGUUGCCGUCGCCUUCGCCGCUGUCAUGGCCGCCUACAGCAAGCUCCUCACGGCCCGCUCCUCCACCAUGGCCGGCGCUGCUGCCGCGGCCUGUGCGGUGCUCUGCCUGCUCAACAAGAGGCGGAGGGCGGCUGCGUUGCUUCAAGGAAAGAAAAGUGGGAAAAUCUUGCCAGGCAAUGAGAAAGAAGUCAAAAAAGAGCGAGUUGUAGUAGACAGAGUAUUUUUUUCAAGAAUUUGUCAGAUCCUGAAAGUUAUGGUCCCCAGAACAUUUUGUAAAGAGACAGGUUAUUUGAUACUUAUUGCCAUAAUGUUGAUACUUCGCACAUAUUGUGACAUUUGGAUGAUUCAGAAUGGAACAGUUAUUGAGAGUGCAAUCGUAAGCAGGGAUCUGUCGCUAUUCAAGAAAUUCUUUAUUAAAUUUGUAGUGUCUAUUCCACUGAUUUCCCUGGUGAACAGCUUCUUGAAGUAUGGACUAAAUGAACUUAAGUUGUGCUUCCGAGUGCGACUAACCAAGUACCUUUAUGAGCAGUAUCUUCAGACUUUCACUUACUACAAAAUGGGGAAUCUAGACAACAGAAUAGGCAAUCCUGAUCAGCUGCUUACGCAAGAUGUAGAAAAGUUUUGUAACAGUGUAGUGGACCUAUAUUCCAACCUAAGCAAGCCAUUUUUGGAUAUUGUUCUGUAUAUCUUCAAGCUAACAACUGCAAUAGGAGCUCAGGGGCCUGCUACCAUGAUGGCCUAUUUGAUUUUUUCAGGCUUUUUCCUUACCCGCUUAAGAAGACCCAUUGGCAAAAUGACUAUCACAGAGCAAAAAUAUGAAGGAGAGUACAGAUUUGUCAAUUCACGACUGAUUACAAACAGUGAAGAAAUUGCUUUUUAUAAUGGAAAUCAGAGAGAAAAGCAGACAAUUCACAAAGCUUUCCGCAAACUGGUCGAGCACUUGCAUAAGUUCAUCUUGUUUCGGUUUACUAUGGGCUUUAUAGACACCAUUAUUGCCAAAUAUCUUGCCACUGUAGUUGGCUACCUGGUUGUUAGCCGCCCAUUCUUGAAUUUAGCUCAUCCACGCCAUCAGAACAGUACACAUGCAGAACUAUUGGAGGAUUACUACCAAAGUGGAAGAAUGUUGCUGAGAAUGUCUCAAGCUCUUGGCAGGAUAGUUCUAGCAGGUCGCGAGAUGACACGGUUGGCUGGUUUCACAGCUCGAAUUACAGAAUUAAUGCAAGUUCUGAAAGAGUUAAACAGUGGCAAAUACCAGCGGACUAUGUUAACACAAGAUAAAGAGUCAGAUCUAGAACCAGCUAUCCCAUUGAUUCCUGGAGCUGGACAAAUUGUAAUAGAAGAUAACAUUAUCAAGUUUGACCAUGUCCCAUUGGCGACACCCAAUGGUGAUAUCUUGAUAAAAGAUCUCAACUUUGAGGUACGAUCAGGUGCAAAUGUUCUGAUUUGUGGACCAAAUGGAUGUGGAAAGAGUUCCCUCUUCCGUGUCCUUGGUGAGUUAUGGCCUCUGUUUGGUGGCUGUCUGACGAAACCUGAGAGAGGAAAGCUAUUUUAUGUUCCCCAGAGGCCAUAUAUGACUCUUGGAACUCUCAGAGACCAAGUAAUUUAUCCAGAUACAAUAGAAGAACAGAAAAGAAAAGGGAUAUCUGACCAGGUGCUAAAGGAAUAUUUAGACAAUGUCCAACUGGGUCAGAUCCUGGAACGCGAAGGAGGCUGGGAUAGUGUUCAGGAUUGGAUGGACGUUCUCAGUGGAGGGGAAAAACAGAGAAUGGCAAUGGCCAGACUGUUUUACCACAAACCUCAGUUCGCCAUUUUGGAUGAAUGUACUAGUGCCGUUAGCGUUGAUGUAGAAGGCUAUAUCUACAACCACUGUCGGAAAGUUGGUAUCACACUCUUCACAGUAUCUCACAGAAAAUCCCUUUGGAAACACCAUGACUUUUAUCUUCACAUGGAUGGAAGAGGAAAUUACGAAUUCAAGAAAAUCACUGAAGACACAGUUGAAUUUGGUUCUUAAAUACCCCCACCCCACCAAUCUACAGCUUCUUUCAGUAACUGAUAACAGCACAGAGCAUAGAAAGACAGAGUACACUGUAACAAAGCUACUUGACUUACUCUUUAACUCAGUUACUAGGGGUAGGGUAAUAGGAUGUCUGAAAGAUGCUCUCUGUGCAUUUAUGUAGGAAAUUACUAAUUUGUGUAUAUGUUGGUUUAAUUAUUACUGUGUACUAAGAAUGUCCUUAUUCUUGUGGUUUUUUAAAAGAAGAAAACCUGCCUAAAUUAAAUUGGGCUUUAAUCACUAUAAAAUUGAUUCAUCCUGGGAUGUAAACAUUCUGGAGUCAAUUCAUUUGGCUUCUGUAUGUCUUGCACUUUCUCUGGGGAAGAGUACGUAUUAAUGUUAGGACCGCUACCUCUUCUGGGCCAGGCACAGCAGGCAUGAUUAUCUAUGUCACCUCCUGGUGUGGCAACUGUGUUAAAUAUCAUUAUUCUUUUCCAUGUAAUUUUAAUCUCUUUUGCUGCAGCAUUGCACAAGGCAGUGAGUAUUUUCCUUCAUCCAAAGUUGUGGUAGGACUCUGCCUACAACAGGACUGGUUUUAGGGAGGGGCAGAGCUCCAGGCCUAAUUGCUAAAGAGAUGAACUCAUACCAUUGGAAAUCUGUUCUCUUUUCUAUAGCCUUCCAUGCUUUUUCAGUCCUAUUCUUCCAAUCUGCCCAUGAAGAUCCACAAAAAUAAAACAGCACAGGUUCCAUUUUGAGUCUCAAAGGGGGACAGACAGAGGAACGAGGAAAAUCAUAUAGUUUAAAAAUUCUGCACUUCAGAAUAGAUGAUAGACUGAAGUGUCUGACUAAGGUGUCUGCCCUAUUGAAACUGGAUACAUACAUUCUAAAUACACUGCCAUGGGCAGCUGCUGUACAGGGAUGAUUUCUAAAAAAUUAAUCAGAUCUGAUUUUUGGAACGUGAGGUUUUUUUAUUUACCUCCUAAUAAAAAAUGCUUCAUGCUGGUAAGCACUAUCUCCAUGAGGUAGUUGCAAACUUAUACCUGUUGGCAAUGACCAAUUGGCGCAAGAGAAUUUUAAAACUAGUGAUUUUCAAGUAAAAGCAGAUAUAAACACCCCAGGGAUGACAUGAGAUCAUUGCCAAAGUAGUAUCCUAGAUAGGACUCAGAGGAGAAACAGUUGGUUAGCCUGGACUAAGCUGCCAUAAUCAUUCUUAAAAGCACUUCAGCCCAAUAAAGGUCUGGGCACAUGAUUUUGUCCCUAUACUAUAGAAAUGCACUACAUGAAGGCAUGUAUUAUAUAUGCAAAUAAAUGUGAUCCGUCUUUUUUUUUCUUUUGCUGCAAAAUUGGUUUCAUUUGUGAGUUAUCACUCAGUCCUGAAUAGUCUCCCUUUAGACAGGACUCUUACGUACCAAAUCUACAAAUGACUAAUUCUAUUUGUUCUUGAACUGCUCAUGAGAUAAUGAUUAUGUCGAGUGUUUUAUAAAUGCCGUGAAAUUUAUACAAGUAAUCAACAGAGAGCUAAAAGAGGAUACAUUAACAGUGACACUAAUGUUAGACUUUUUGUCACUGCACAUUUUCCAUAUUUAAUAUGGCAAUCAGGUACCUUUCUGUACCUUUUUUUUAAAAAGCAAUUUUAAAAAAUUAUUCUUGAGAUUGCUUAUGCCAGCCAACAUACGCUACAGUGAAUUAAUACACCAGGAUCAUAUAAUGAAAACAGAUUAUAAUCAACUGUAACAUGUAGAUUGGCUGCUAUAAUACAUAUAGGUGAGUCAGUGAACAGAUUUUAGAAUUACAUUCUGCUCUGGUGUAAAAAAAAAAAAAGGUUUCUAUGCUACCCAGAAACACCUCUUUUCCUAUUUAAUCUUUUUCUUUUAAAUUAACUCUUCUGUAGUGGCUGUUCUAGAGAGGCUGGAUUUCUCAGAUACAAACUGUUUUUAAGAAACUGUUAUAAUUUUUUUAGAAUGGAAAUUGCUGCUUUUUAAAUAUCUAUUAUUUUUCAGAGGGGUCUGCACUAAAAUUGAGUAGUAGUAGACUUGAAGUUUUUUAAAUAACGUAUUUUUGUCACUAACUGGAAUGCACUUCUUAUUUAUAUAGCAUCCUCUGCAGAAAGCAUUGCAGUUCAUGACUGAUUACUAAGAGCAACAGUAGAAACUGUGCUAACUUUGCCUGUCAAGUAGUACAAAUUAACUUCUGUAGCCAAUUGAACUAGUCUGUUGAAUACAGCAGUGGAUAAGAAGCUAAGAGAUAUCCAGUAAACGCCUGGCCUUGAUAACAUCCCACAUUCCCAUAACCAUAUUUUCACCAAGAGUGAAUCAAAAACACCUGCCCAGUGAAGAAGGCAUGUUCGAAGACCACAACAUGGAUCAAGUGUUCAAGGGAAGUGGCAUUUUAAGAUUACGUUUUUUCCUAGAUGUCUUGCAAAAUGAUCCUGAAACAUGGUUUAGCUCUGAAUUUGUGCUAUGAUCCUGUAUGCUGAUUGCUACUUGUAUGAUUGCUUAAAGCUGGAAGUUUUGGCAUGAUGGGAAAAUCAGCAAGCGUGAUUCAUAUUCCCACGUUUCAUAGAGAAUUUUGGCCUGGUGGUAUUUGCAACCUCCAGGGAUCACGGAUAGUUCCCAUUUCAAAGGGAACAGAUUGCUGUACUAUAUACAAUAAUACUUUAUUGCUUGUAAGGUACUUUGGGAGGAAAGGCAUUAUAUAAAUGUAAUUUUUGUCUAUAUAAGUGCCUCUGGAAUAAUAAAAUUGAACUAAAUAAUCUUGUUUUUUAAAUUAGUGUCAAGGGUUUACAAAACUCUACAAAUAGUUGCCAUAUCAAUUAAGACUGGUCUGUUCUUCAUAUUUUGAGAGGCUACCUACAGGUAAAAAGACAAACUGACUUAUUUUCAUGUAACUAAAGAAGUAGAAUGAAUCAUUUUUAAUUACCUAUGAAUUAUACAUUAAGCACAAAUUAAACAUUUUUACUCAUA